CUUUUCUAUCUUAGCCUUUUAGGCUGUCGUUUGUCUGUCGCAUCUCACUCAGUUCUCAUGCUAUACCAUAUGAGCAGAUCAAACUCAUAAAAAAUCAAUGAUACUCGAUAAAUUUUGAGUAGGAUACAUGGCCGAAAAGCGUUUUCUGCGCUUGUUUCGCGCCCUGAUCGAUUACUGAUCGACCAAAGAAGCAAUCCUUGCCUGCCUGGUAACCUUUACGACUCGCUCUCAUGUCGCAGAGGAAUUCUAUAGCUGACACUGUCUUUAAAGGCCGAGAAAUCCUGAAGCUUUGCCCGGGUGACCGUCUGGAGCGUGUCUCGCAUCUUCACAACCUCUCUGUCGCUCUCAAAACCCGUUUCGGACAGGAUGGUCGGACAGAGGAUCUUGAAGAAGCAAUUGGUCUCGCUGAGGAGGCUGAAGUGCUUGCGAUAGCCAUCGAUCAUCCUUACCUACUAUGGUUUCACCACUGUGUCGCCGCUUCUGAUCCCAGCGUCCCCAUUGCCGACAAGCUAUCCGCCUAUCCCAACGCGAGCGCUGAGGAGAGGUUUGAGGUAGCACUCGAAUUGGCUAACAUUGCUCGCGUGCAUUACACAUCUCUCGGUAUACGGGCAUACGAACUUGCCAUGAUGCUCAUUGAGCGGGUGCUUAAUGUGCGCUUCACGGGCGAGUCCCAGCACCGUUUCCUUUCACGACCAGAUGUUCGUCAACUACCGUCUCAUGCAGCCUCUUUAGCUAUCCAGCAUGGUGCAUUAGAUACCGCAAUCGAGAUGCUGGAGCAGGGUCGGGGCCAAAUAUGGGCCAAGCUGCGAGAUUACUCGUAUCCUUUGGGCGAUCUCCCUGCGAUAUCCGAUGAGUUGACAGAAGCUUUCCGAAAUGUCUGCGUAGGGUUGAUGCUUCUUUCUAUUAACCCAAGCAAUGACGUUGAGGUUACCGAGGAUCGUCAUCUCAAAUGGAUACAAUGGGCGGACACGCUGGAGAAGAUCAGACAGCUAGAUGGAUUUCAGGAUUUUCUCCUCACCAAGCCGUUUAGCAGUCUCCAGGCGGCUGCGAGUGACGGACCUGUCAUCCUCAUCAACAUUGACAGUCAUCGCUCCGACGCGAUUAUCUUGCGAAGUGAGGGUGCACCUAACUUGGUUCCCCUUUCGCCAGACCUUCCGCAGAUACUUCCCAGUAUUAUCGAGACACUGGAUGAUGUGAAGCAGAAUGCGCGGGGGAGCAGACCAUGGAAUGAUGACGAUGAUGGACCCUCCAGCGCCCUGAUCAAGAUUCUUCGUGUCCUUUGGGAGGAUGUCUGUCAGCCUGUCGUUGGGCAUUUGCUUGCUACAGGUGUCGCGGAGCAGUCUCGCAUCUGGUGGUGUCCAACGGGCGUGCUUUCAAAUUUGAUGGAUAUCUUCGUCUCUUCCUACACACCAACUUUGUUUGCCCUGAUUAAAGCUCGUGCGAGUCUCCAUGACCUAUCUACGAAAGGUGUGAAGCUACUUGCCCUCGGUCAGUCAAAUACCUUAUCCCAGGUCAAAUUGGAGUUUGAGCAGCUUCGAAAUGUGUUUGGUGAUGCGGCAAACCUGCUAGACGGCCAUGAAUCCAAACCUGACGUGUUCCUCACAGGCGCAUCAUUUGAAGUCUGGUUACAUUUCGCAUGCCAUGGUUUUCUGAACGCAGAAAACCCUUUAGAAUCAUACUUUGCCUUGCACGGCGGAAGUCUAUCAGUGAAGAGUAUUAUGGAAGGCGCCACCGCCUUACACGGCGAGCUGGCAUUCCUGGCAGCUUGCCAUAGUGGCGCGAGCGACUCCGAGCUAGCUCCAGACGAGAUGAUGAGCCUUGCCGGUGUGGUCCAGAUUAUUGGCUAUCGCUGUGUCAUUGCAACCCUGUGGGCAAUGGCAGAUGUAGAUGGGCCAGUCCUCACUCGAGAUUUCUACGGUUAUUUACUGCAACAUGGCAUUGCUCACGCUGAUUUCCGGAAGUCAGCAAUAGCACUACAUUUUGCCAUCAAAGCCAUGCGUGAUAGAGGUAUCCCCAUUGAACGUUGGAGUACGUUCAUCCAUAUCGGCAUCUGAUGCAUCUGCACGAAGUCAAUGCACUAUUAUCAAAACGGAUUUAUGAUGAUACAGAACGCAGUUCGCAGGUAGGACCAUCGGUCCAGUCUCCUCCUCCAAGACCCUCCCGAGAUUGACGCGCGAAAUCCGAUAAAGAGACGAAAGAACGGGGGAAAGAAGUCAUCUACCGAAGCUCAUUAACACCACUGGCACAAAAGACCAUGCUUCUUCUUUCACUGCAUCCUCUUUAACAUCAAUUUCGGCCUCUUUGUGAUUGCUAUCAAAUUGCUACUGUCAUGGAUAAAUGUGAUUGUGUGUAUACUACAAAUGCGCUGCAACUCUGGG